UCUUCGAACGGUCAAGAACGUUUGACGCCCGUAUCUUGUGCAGGUGUCGUUUCAGUCGGUAUAACUAUAUUAUUCAAUUGAUGGUGCUUCUCACAGGAACGUUCGAUUUUUUCCUCUUGUACAGCUUAUAUCGAAGGAACGUCAAUUAUUCAUAAUUGCUUUAUCUAACUUCAGGAAGUGCGAAUGAUAAUGUACGAGGAUGCACUUUGUCCUGCGGUAAGCCCCUGUGUUUGUAGAGGUUCAGUGACAAUCGACUGCAGCUCACAAAGACUUGUAGCUUUACCUAUGUUUAUAACAAUGACAUCAACUUUUAAAUUGCUGGAUUUGUCACUUAAUCAUCUAGGCGAACUAAAAGAAAACAGUUUCGAGGAUGUUCAAGCUGAAAGGAUUGAUUUAUCUUUUAAUGAUAUAGCAAUUUUAUAUACUAAAACGUUUGAAAAGAGCAGAAAGUUGAAAUUUCUCAAUCUCAAUCAUAAUUUACUACAAACACUACCAAUUGGAUUCGGGAAGCUUCUACGUCAACUGACAACACUACUCUUGAAAUUUAAUUCUUUUACAAAUUUUCUACCUGAAUGGUUUGAUGGCUUUACGAAUCUUAAAUUUUUGGAUUUAUCAGGAAACCAACUGGGUUUUAUUCCGACGCCUGCUUUAAGAAAGCUAGAAUCUCUAAGCACCCUAACUCUAAGGCAAAUAGGUCUAAGCAAAAUUCCUAGGGAUGCUUUUAAGGGUGUUAAGGUUGAGAUAUUGAAUUUAGGAAACAAUAAAGACAUAAAGAUUGAAAAAGAUUCCUUUUGUGGUAUUGAUCCUCAAACGAGCAUAUUAAGAUUAGAUCAUAGUCACAUCAGACAAAUACCAGUUGGGUGCAUAUUGAAAUUGGUAGAGUCUGUUAGAUUGCUAGAUUUAUCUGGAAAUCCUCUGCACUGCGAUUGUUCAGUACUUUCAGCGAACUUGUUUUAUGCUAUCUCAUUAGGUACCAUUGCUCAGUGUGCAUCACCAAAAAAGUUUGCCGGAGAGCUGGUUCAGAGAGUUAAUUCGACUCAAUGCCAGGUCCGGUCAGGUCAAUGCAUUGAUUCCUGUUCCGAAUCGAGAAGUUCGAGUUAUCAAAUCAUGUCUAUAUAUGUCUUUGUCAUUUGUUUAGGCCUAACAUAUUUCAAUUACGAUUAGAAUACAGAUAUUUUUUCCUUUAUUUAUAGGCUUCAAUAUAAUUAUAUUCUGUAUAUCCGGUGGAAGUACGCAGGGGGUUGAUAGAUUUCGCAACUUUUUUUUACAAUAACACUAACAUUAAACAGUUUC